GCAUAGCGGGCGCAUUUCUGUCUGCAUACAAGCUAACCAGGCGGGUUUGUGUAAAGAUGUCCCGUCAACAUUUCAGGUUAUGCUGCUGCUUGCUCGGGUUCACACAGAGGCCAGCAGAAGUACCAGAGCACGUUAGCCACGUUUUUGCAGAAUACUCUGAGGAUGACAUCAUGAGCAUCGAGAAUUUGGUCAGAUUCUUGAGGGAGUUUCAGAAGGAGGCCUAUGCAACGAGGGAGACAGCCCACGAAAUCAUUUCUAGCGUCAAGCGUCUCAACCUUAUCCAACCUAAGGGCUUGGUCGUCGAGGAGUUUUUUCACUAUCUCCUCAGUGAUCUUAACACUGCCCUUAAUACCGAGGUUCACCAUGACAUGACUGCUCCCUUGGCUCAUUACUAUAUAUUCACUGGACAUAACUCGUAUCUUACUGGAAAUCAACUCAGCAGUAAAAGCAGCGUCGUCCCAAUAGUAAAGGCACUGCAGAAAGGCGUUAGAGUGAUUGAAUUGGACCUAUGGCCAAAUUCAAGAAGGGACGAUGUUGAUGUCUGUCAUGGCGGGACCUUGACAUCUCCGGUUAAACUAAUCAAGUGUUUGAAGGCCAUCAAGAGCAAUGCAUUUGUUGCUUCGAAAUAUCCUCUUAUAAUAACGUUUGAAGAUCACCUUACUCCCGAUCUUCAAGCUAAAGUUGCAGGGAUGGUGAAAAGAACUUUUGGAGAGAUGCUGUUUUGCCCGGGAUCAGAGAUGUAUGAGUUUCCUUCGCCAGAAUCUCUCAAGGAGAGAAUUAUGAUUUCGACGAAGCCUCCAAAGGAAUAUGCAGAAGUACACGGGAGAGCAAAUGAACGAUAUCCCAGACCUUCUAAAGAUGAAGUUCCAUUCAGCCAUGGGGUCUUUUUCACAUCUCUCAUUCAUAACCAGAUUUUUCCCUCCCGGAUACUUGACCAUACAUACUCUCUCUUGCAGGCUCAGCAGCAUUCGCAAGCAGAUUCAGAGGAGGAAGGUGUUGAUGACGAUGAAGAUGGGGCGACUGAGAUUUCCGAAUACAAAAGUUUGAUUGCAAUCCAUGCUGGUAAGCUGAAGGGCAGUAUCAGAAAUUUGCCCAGCCACGAUGGCAAAGUUACUCGUCUCAGCAUGAGUGAAGAAACACUCGAACUUGCUGCCAAGAAACACGGGAAGGAACUUAUCCAGUUCACACAACGCAACUUGCUGAGAGUGUUUCCCAAGGGCACGCGCAUUACCUCCUCGAACUAUAAUCCUUUCGUUGGAUGGAUGCACGGAGCUCAGAUGGUUGCGUUUAACAUGCAGGGAUAUGCAAAGUAUCUGUGGAUUAUGCAAGGGAUGUUCAGGGCUAAUGGCUGCUGUGGGUAUGUGAAAAAACCGAGUUUUCUGUUAGGCGAUGGAUACUAUGAUGAAGUUUUCGAUCCCUUGGCCUUGCCAAUAAAAACGACUUUGAAGGUUAACAUAUAUAUGGGAGAGGGGUGGCGUCAAGACUUCCACUUUAGACAUUUCGAUUAUCUUUCACCCCCCGACUUCUAUGUCAAGAUUAGCAUUGUAGGAGUGGCUUCUGAUCAUACGAAAUCGGAGAGAACUCAGGUGGUAGAAGAUCAAUGGAUUCCAUCGUGGAAUGGGGAUGAGUUUGAGUUCCCGCUACGUGUGCCUGAACUGGCACUGCUUCGGGUUGAGGUUAAAGAUUAUGACCCAACAGGAGAGAAUGAAUUUGGAGGUCAGACAUGCCUGCCAGUAUCGGAGCUCAAAACCGGGUUUAGAUCUGUUCCAUUGUAUGAUCAUAGAGGUGACAAGUACAAAUCUGUCAAACUCCUUAUGGGUUUCGAGUUUAUUUGAUAUACUAUAUGUUAUCUUGAUUGUUGUCCCAUGAUUAUUUAAUGCUACUUGAAUCUUAGUUUUUCACAAGAAAAAAAAAAAAAAAAAGAAAGAUUUUGGUCACAUGCACCAACAA